ACCAAAACUGGGAAAAAUUAACAACCGACCCAUGGGUUUUAGAAACAAUACAAGGUUACAAAAUCGAGUUUGUCACAACACCCAAACAAACCUCUAUUUCAAAAAUGCAAAUCACUCCAGCACAAAGCUCAGUGAUAAGCGAGGAAGUGCAAGCUUUGUUCGAAAAACAUGCAAUUUACAAGGUCCAAAACUCCAAUAUUCAAACCGAAACUCAGUUCAUAAGCCCCUUAUUCACUGUCCCCAAAAAGGGAGGGGGGCACAGACCAGUCAUAAACCUCAAGGACCUGAAUUACUUUGUAGAGUAUCAACACUUCAAAAUGGAAGGAGUGACAAUGCUAAAAGACCUAUUAAAACCCAACGAUUUUAUGACAAAAAUAGACCUAAAAGAUGCCUAUCUCACAGUUCCAAUUUGGCACAAACACAAAAAAUUCCUUCGUUUUCUGUGGAAAGACACUCUUUGGGAGUUUGCAUGUCUUCCCUUCGGAUUGGCAACCCUCCCCAAGGACAAGAUCAAGGGAAUAAUGAAAGACUGCCACAGAAUACUAAACAAUCCAUAUGUGUCAGUCAGAACCCUAUCACGCCUCAUAGGAAAACUGUCGGCCUCUAUUCAAGCAAUAUUUCCUGCCCCUCUCCACUACCAGUCUCUCCUUCGAGCAAAAAACAUAGCUCUGAGACAGUCUCAAAGCUACGAAGUCAUGGUGUCUUUAAACCAGGCAGCUCAAGAAGAGCUACACUGGUGGAAAGACCAUCUAGCAGCCUGGAAUGGGAAAUCCCUACUGAAAAGAAAAGAAGAUCUCACCAUAGAGACAGAUGCCUCAAACCUGGGUUGGGGGGAGCUUGCAGCGGAAUGUUGA